UCCUUGUCCUGUUCCUUGAUGGGCGCCGCUGCCUCGACCACCGUAGAGUCCUGCCGCUUAGGGUUCUCAAUGGCCGUCCGCGCGCACGAACCUUGCGCGGCAGUGGUACGAUUCUUCUUGAAGAUCUUCUUCUUUGCAGUUGUCGAUGUUGCCUUCCUUUACUUUUUCUUCUUCUUCUUCUUCUGAGCGAUCUUCUUCCGCUGCCUGCCGCUGGCCAUCUCCUCUGCUGCCCUUCCGGCCGGACGCGUCUUCUAUCUUUUUGCAUUGCAAAUUUGAAAUAGAUGCCGUGUAAUUUAUGACCGUUCCGAACUGGAACGUCUGGAUAUCCAAUUCGAUCCGGACACGGAUUUUACAUGUAAAAGGCAACAGCACGUAACGUCGGCCAGACAGAGAUACUUACCCUGCACCUUCAAUCGUAACCGCCUCUCCUCGUUCGAUCGUCCGCUCCCUCGAUCCGAAGAUCAAUAGAAAGAAUCCGGGCAAUCGCCAUGAUCAACUUCUGGAAGGACCCGAACGCCGAGUCGUGCUGCAUCUGCGGGGAAGAGGAACCGGAGGAGAAGCACGAGGAGCUCGCCUGCCCAUACGACUACCUCGUCUCGCCUGCGGGUUACGUCCCCUGCAGGGCGAGGCGCGCCGCCUGGAGGGAGUGCAGCGCCGUGCCGUCCAGCCACCGCCGGUUCCUGCAGCGCUUCGUGCGCAUCACAAACGUGCCGGAGCUCUGCCGGCCGGCUUCCCUCGCCGCACUCUUCGCCCGGUACGGGCCGCUGCGGAUGUGGCAUGUCGCCAUGGAUGCCCCCGAGGUAUGCAAGGGCUUCGCGUGCGUGGUCUUCGAGCGCCGAGAGCACGCCGAGAAGGCCAUCGAUGAACUCAACUGCUAUUGCUUUGAUGGGAAUAGCUUGCGAGUAGAUUGGUUUUAUCCCAGCGCGUGACUGAACCGAACUUUAGCAACCAAGCGCUGGGAUAAAACCGUGCAUCAUUCACUGGUAUCUCUGGUCAAGCUGUGCAUUCUGUGGUCACCGUGUAUCAUUCUCUGAUCAAGCUGUGCAUUCUCUGGUCACUGUGUAUCAUUGUUUGGUCAAGCUGUGCAUUCUCUGGUCACUGUGUAUCUUUCUUACACAUUCUCUGGUCAAGCUGUGCAUGCUCUGGUCACUAUGUAUCAUUCUUACACAUUCUCUGGUCACCGUGUAAUCGUGUAUCAUGGAGGGAUCAGUGCAUCAAUUUUUUAUUUCCGGAUAGGAAAAGAGGUACUCCGUA